AUUGGUCAGGGGCAAAUACCACUAGCUCUGCAUCCUCAGUCACUUUGUGCCAUUUCACCAAGUCAGAGCCAAAGGAAAGUUGGGAAAAUGAAGAUAUUAGCAAGACUUGUUCUGGGACUCGUCAUCUUUGAUGCUGCUGUGACUGCCCCAACUCUGGAGUCCAUCAACUAUGACUCAGAAACCUAUGAUGCCACCUUAGAAGACCUGGAUAAUUUAUACAACUAUGAAAACAUACCUGUUGAUCGAGUUGAGUUUGAAGUAGCCACAGUGAUGCCUUCGGGGAACAGAGAGCUCCUCACUCCAGCCCCACGGCCUGAGGAGGAGGAGGAGGAGGAGGAAUCCACUCCCAGGCUGAUUGAUGGCUCUUCCCUCCAGGAGCCGGAAUUCACAGGGGUUCUGGGCCCACACACCAAUGAAGACUUUCCAACCUGUCUUCUUUGUACUUGCAUAAGUACCACUGUGUACUGUGAUGACCAUGAACUUGAUGCUAUUCCUCCGCUGCCCAAGAACACCGCUUACUUCUAUUCCCGCUUUAACAGAAUUAAAAAGAUCAACAAAAAUGACUUUGCAAGCCUAAGUGACUUAAGAAGGAUUGAUCUGACAUCAAAUUUAAUAUCUGAGAUUGAUGAAGAUGCAUUCAGAAAACUGCCGCAACUUCGAGAGCUUGUCCUGCGUGACAAUAAAAUAAGGCAGCUCCCAGAAUUGCCAACCACUUUGACAUUUAUUGAUAUUAGCAACAACAGACUUGGAAGGAAAGGGAUAAAGCAAGAAGCAUUUAAAGACAUGUAUGACCUCCAUCAUCUGUACCUCACUGAUAACAACUUGGACCACAUCCCUCUGCCACUCCCGGAAAAUCUACGAGCCCUUCAUCUCCAGAAUAACAACAUUCUGGAGAUGCACGAAGAUACAUUCUGCAAUGUUAAAAAUGUGACUUAUAUUCGUAAGGCACUAGAGGACAUUCGCCUGGAUGGAAACCCUAUUAAUCUCAGCAAAACUCCUCAAGCAUACAUGUGUCUACCUCGUCUGCCUAUUGGAAGCCUCGUCUAAUUUCAAAUAAUGGUUAGCAUUACGAUGCCUACUAUACCUAAACCAUUCUUACUGCUCUCUUUGAAAACAAAACUCAGCAUGAUACUUUGAGGUUGUGUUCUGAGAUAUUAUAUGAUUACAUAAAAUAUAAUUAAAAUUGUUAUAAUAUAAUGAAAAUGUAACUUAAGGAAACACCAGAUGAGUUAGGAAUAAACCUAAAAUGUUUACAAAAAGAGCAAAAUUAAGUGAUAGAAAAUAUUUCACACAUUUUCUUAUCCAUCAUGUGUCACUUGCAAGUUUUAGGAGCUCAUAUCCUGAAUAAUUUCAAAUUAAAUGCAUAAUAAAGUCAAAUUUAAAAAUGAACACUUUAGGUAUAUUUGCCAAGAUGUAGAUGGUUUUAAUUAAACCUUUCUCUUCCUUUUCUUCCACUAAAGCAUUUUUAUUCCCAUAAUCCAUUAAAGAGCAUGAAGAAAAUAAUAAAUGUGUUUGAAA